GGCGGCGGGCGGCCGGCCAGAGUGCGCAGUGACUCCGGACAGGACGGCGGCGCGCCCCGGGCAGCGUCCGGCCGCUCUGCCGAGCACCCGCCGGCGACAUGCGCGCCCUGCCCGGCCUCCGGGGACCCCGCGCGCCGUCGGCCCUGUCGCUGCUCCUCCUGGGUCUCCUGGGCGCCGCGCGCCCCGGCCGGGCCGACGACCUCCCCACAGCUUCAGCUUUUACAAGUCUUCAAGUUCGAGAUGAAAUGAUGGCAAAAUACUCCAACUUUUCCUUGGAGAGUCAUAACAUAUCUCUAACAGAAAAUUCCAAUGUGCCAAUAGAAAAAAAUAUUACUUUAGAAAGACCAUCUAAUGUGGAACUUUCAUGCCAGUUCACAACAUCUGGAGAUUUGAAAUCAGUAAAUGUGACUUGGAAAAAAGGUGAUGAACUACUUGAGAACAAUUAUGUCAUCAAUGCCACAGGAAGCACCUUGUACACCCAAUACAUGUUCACCAUCUUAAAUAGCAAACAGAUGGGAAGUUAUUCUUGCUUGUUUAAAGAGGAAAAGGAACUGAAAGGCACGUUUAAUUUCAAAGUCCCUCAACUUCAUAGAAAAAGUAAACCAUUGAUCACUUAUGUGGGAGACUCAACUGUUUUGAAAUGUGUAUGUCACGGUUGUUUUCCUUUAAAUUGGACCUGGUACAGUAGCAAUGGAAGUAUUCAGGUACCUAUUGAUGUACGAAUUAAUGAAAAGUAUACGAUUAACACAACAAAUGCUAAUGAAACAAGACUCAAGAUCACGCAACUUACAGAGGAAGAUCAGAGAACUUACUGGUGCCACGCAGUAUUUCAGUUAGGCGAGAGUGAAGAAUACAUUGAACUUGUUGUGCUGAGCUAUCUGGUGCCCCUCAAACCGUUUCUUGCAAUAGCUGCGGAGGUGGUUGUUUUAGUGACUGUUAUUCUGCUUUGUGAAACAUACACCCAAAAGAAAAGAAAGCGUCCAGAUGACGGGAAAGAAUUUGAGCAAAUUGAACAACUGAAAUCAGAUGAUAGCAAUGGUAUUGAAAAUAGUACUCCCAGGCACAGAAAAAAUGAUCCUACGACCAGUGAAUGAGAAACAUCCUGUCAAGAAUCACUGGAAGAUGUGCGAAGACUUUGUAUUUUAGCUUUGCUUAUGCAUCCUGUUAAAAUCAUCUGAUAUUUUCAAAAGGGUGAAAAGUUUAUAUAACAUCCUGAGUAGUAGCUUUUAAAUAGUACGUGCUGUGUCAUAUCUAAUGAUAUAUUUUCAUUCUGUAAUUAUUUUAUAUCAAAGCAAGGUAAAUUACAUUAAAAUUGUUUAAUGAGCUAUAACCAAGGAUGAUUAAUUUUCAGGUCCUCCUGAGGCAGAAUGGUCACCAGCAAAGCAGUUAAGAGUUAUUAGAUCAAAUGUCACUCAAGACCUAUUCCUAACCAAAGAAUUCAUAAAGAGAAAGCCUUUGCCAUCUUGUCUUAUUUUUUCAAUCAUGCUAUGUGUAGAAGUAUUUGUAAUAAUUUCCUAUGUAACAUUUACCUUUCCAUUUCAUAAAAUAGUGCCUUCGUGAAACAAAAGCAUAUAUAUAUAUAUAUUUUGCCUUUGGCUACUCUACAUUCUCUAUCAGAAAAAGAUAAGUUUGCUCUGUAAAUAUUGGUGUUAAGGCAAGGAAAUAAGACUAGAUACUUUAAAAGCUCCAUCACCACAAAAACAGAUUUUCCCAUCUUAUCACACUCAUCUCCACAGUUUUAUUUUACCAAACUAAAGUGAUUCUUAAUACUUCUGCACAGUAUUCUUUAAUGUGAUGGGUUUGAAUUUUUUCAAGGACAGCAGCAGUAAUAACUAAGUUUUCAGGUUUACUUCUCUAGUUUAGGGUUUCCCGGUAUCUCUGACUUGGCUUUGAGUUUCCUGGUGUCCGGGGAGAGCUAGAUAUCUAAAACGCUCUAUUAGUGUUUACUAAUAUGAAUUCUAUUGCCUAAAUUCCAAAAUGCCUAAACUAUUUUCAUAUUGCUGAAAUCAUAACGCAUAUGACUUUUCUAUCAAUAUAGCUUGUUUAGAUUCUUUGCACAUAUAACUGAAAUAUUUUAUAAACUCACUAUCAUCAGAUCAACUGAAAUCUGAGUAGGAGUGAAAAGCUGUCAUUGGCUUUGACUGCAAUAUGAAAACCAUGUGCUGGCUAUUAGGUUAGAAUGAAGAUGGUCUUGCGAAACCUGAUUUUUGUCCUGAUUGCCAGUGAAUCCCAAAUCCUAAGAUUCACAGCACAGCAGGGGUUUAGACAGUGCAAGGAACCCUGAGAACUGACAAGGAAGCCUAAUGGUUGGUGACCCAGAGAUUAAGCUUGAAGAAAUGGAGUUCAGUGGCUUGAGAAAAAAAAAUUAUGAUGGAACAGGCUGAUAAAAUUAUAAUAAUGGAAUUUUUGUAGUAAAAAUUGCAACUUUCAUGUCAUUUUAAUAUUAACAAAUAUUAAAAUAUUAUUUGUGUGACUAGUACAUAUAAAGUAUGACUUGGAAACCGCUCAUGCUUUUUGGUAGUAUUUUCUGUGGAACAAACAUAUUAGCUAUACAAUCACUAGAAUAAAUCCAUUUAGUAACAACAAAUUCAUUUCAUUUUUGAUUGUAGAGUCCUAUGUCUGGCAAGUUGUUUUGUCUGAUAAACUAUUAAUGUCAUUAAAAUUAUCUUGAGUCGCAUCUGUGUGAUAGCAUAUAACCUAUAAGUUCACUAAACUAAUCUGUAUUCUUUGAAUUUGAUGAAAAUUUAGUUAGGCCAACUGUUUAGCUAGAUCAAAUUUAAGACAGUAUGUAUGACUGGGUAUAUAUGAAACCAAAAUCUUUUUGUAGCUUAUUUGCUGUAUGUGUUAUUCCAUUUGCCAGAACUAUUUAGGCCAAAAUUCUUUCAAGCAAGAAAAAUUGCUACCCCUAGGUAAAAUAAUAUGAAAUAUUCAUAUAGACAGUUAAAUUCUUAAUGGCAUCACUUGCUGUUUUUCUAACAAAGUCAAUUCAUUUGAAUGAUUUUAGCACAGAAAAGGUACUAGGAAAAUUAUGUCAAGUUUUGGCUUUUUGGAUUCUCUCUGGAGGACAUCCCGAAGUCACCUCACCACUGUUUAGAUUAAAAAUGGAAUGCUUCCAUGAAUUAAUUUCAUAGAGAUGAUAAAUGGAUUAACAAAUAAUGACCAUUGUAAAGUGACUAAAAAUAUUAAGCAAGAAAAAAUGCUUAAGUAGAAAACUACUCCACAUUUGUAUUUCAGACACUUUGAGAGAGUCUUCUAAUAUUUCUAACAGAAUUUUGCAGAAUAAUAAGGAGACUUAAGGAUAUCUUAAAAACCCCGUACUCUCACAUUCAGUUUAUGCCCUAAUGUAAUCUUUUCCCUCUGCAAUCUUUAUUUCUGCUCAGCAGCUGGUUACUUAACCAAAAAUCUAGAGUUUAUUGUGGUAUUUCCUUCUCAUCUGUGAUUUCCUUGUAUUAGUUGUAAAUCAGUGUUCCUUUAGUAUUCUUGAUAGUUCAUUAAACCACGUUAUUGAC